UUUUUUUUGUUGUUUUCCACAUGGUUUUAUAUUUUUCGCAUUAUUUAAAAGGAAACGACGGCGUUCGGAUCUUUACUAUAACCGGCCAAUUUCAUUGCUCAAUACUCGAUAGUGAUCUCGUACUUUGCACUGCCUGCUUACUGCUACCAGCAAGGACACCCCAAAAAGAAAGGAAUGGGCAAGAAGAAGAAUAUGUUAUAUACUAAACCACCAUCAGGAGCCGCCGGGAAAUCUGAGACCCGGCAGCUAACCAGACCCGAGAGGUCAGGCUUUUAUGCGAGAAGAGAAGCUGCAAACGUUUUAAAAAGAGUUCUUCAAGGCCACGCUCAACGUCGAGCUACUGGCUCAAUCAAAUCCCUCGUUUAUAGUCCUUCUGUUAGGAACAAAAGGGCUACUUUUGCCCUUGUUUGCCAAACCCUAAAGCAUUUACCUGUUAUUAAGGAUGUAUUGGAGUCUGCUGGUGCACUCAAUACCCACUCUAAGUUGCAGAAAAAAGAGGAACUGAUGUACAUAGUCGCAUAUGACAUUCUAUUUGGUCAGGAAAUCCCAUUGGUUGUUGGUGAUGUCGAGAAAUUUCUCUUGCGCCGGAAAAAUGAUCUUCAGAGAGCUCUAGCAAAGGUUUUAGUAAGGAAGAAAGCGAAGACCAUUGAUGAUUUGCUUGCUCUUUAUCGACCCCCUGAUGUCUCAAAACCUUGUUACGUUCGUGUGAAUACUCUAAAAUCAGAUGUUGAUUCUGCUUUACUUGAACUAGGAAGACAAUUCACGGUACAGAAGGAUGACAUGGUACCUAACCUGUUUGUACUGCCUCCCAACAGUGAUCUACACAAUCAUCCUCUGGUUUUGGAUGGUAGCAUCUUUGUCCAGGGAAAGGCAAGUUCAAUGGUUGCAGUAGCCCUUGAUCCUAAACCUGGUUGGGAGGUUCUUGAUGCAUGUUCAGCUCCAGGAAACAAAACUGUCCAUGUUGCUGCACUCAUGAGAGGAAAGGGUAGAAUUAUAGCAUGUGAAUUGAAUAAGGACAGGAUUAAGCGUCUAGAAGACACUGUCAGACUCUCUGGUGCCGCUAACAUUGAAGUUCGUCAUUGUGAUUUCUUGAACUUAAAUCCAAGAGACAGUCCUUUCUCCAAGAUCCGUGCUAUUCUUUUAGAUCCUUCUUGUUCUGGAUCCGGGACUGCUGCUCAGAGAUUAGACCAUUUACUCCCGUCUCAUGCUACUGAUCCCAAUAAUAUGGAAAGACUGAAGAAGCUUGCGGCUUUUCAAAAGAAGGCUCUGGCCCAUGCAUUAUCUUUUCCAGCAGUUGAAAGAGUAGUUUACAGCACAUGCUCUAUCAACCAAACUGAAAAUGAAGAUGUCAUUAUAUCAAUCCUACCUAUUGCUGCAUCCCAUGGGUUUCAGCUGGUUACGCCCUUUCCUCAGUGGCAUCGGCGCGGACUCUCUGUUUUUGAGGGCUCUGAGCAUUUACUUAGAACAGAUCCAGUUGAGGACAAAGAAGGCUUCUUCAUUGCUCUCUUUGUCAAGAAAGGCACUGUUGAUGAGUCGGGGAAACUACCCAAAAAUGUUCCUGUCUCUCUGGCAACUGAAAAAUAUAAGCUUAAAAGGAAAAGCCAUGUGAAUAGGAAAAAACUCUUGAUGCCUCUACUCUUUAAUAGAGUAUCCAAAUUUUGGUUGCUUAACUGAUAUUGCAGAUUAAGUUAGACGCAGCAGAAGAAGAAUUCCACAUAUAUAUUGAAACAAAUGAUAUGUUGCAAUUUUUCUUUUCUUUUUGGGCUUGACUUGUUUGUUAUUUCCUUCUUGCGUUAAUCGUCCCCCAUUAGUCUGUUGAAGCUCUGUUUUGAAGCUUAUUAUCUACAAUUAGCCAGUUGACUUU